CCUACACCUUCAUUGUCAUCAACGUAGACAAAGGGGAGCGGAAAUGGAGGAAGCCCAAAAACAAAAGAUGAAGAUAUUAUGCCUUCAUGGGUUUAGAACCAGUGGGAGUUUCCUGCACAAGCAAAUCAGCAAGUGGGAUCCUUCUGUUUUCUGUCACUUUGACAUGGAUUUUCCUGAUGGACUAUUUCCAGCUGGAGGCAAAUCUGACAUCGAAGGCAUAUUCCCUCCUCCGUACUUUGAGUGGUUCCAGUUCAACAAGGAUUUCACGGAGUACACAAACCUGGAGGAAUGCGUCUCUCACUUGUGUGAAUACAUCACCACCAAAGGACCUUUUCAUGGAUUGCUUGGCUUCUCACAAGGUGCAACUCUUUGUGCUCUUCUGUUAGGCUACCAGGCACAGGGGAAGGUGUUGAAGGAGCAUCCACCCUUCCAAUUUUUUGUUUCAAUAUCCGGAUCAAAAUUCAGAGAGCCAAGCAUAUGCGAGGUCGCCUACAAAGACACAAUCAAGGUCAAAUCUGUGCACUUCGUAGGAGCUAAGGACUGGUUAAAGUUGCCUUCGGAGGAGCUGGCCACCGCCUUUGACAAUCCUCUCAUCAUUAGGCACCCUCAAGGCCAUACUGUCCCAAGACUAGAUGAGGCAUCCACUGAGCAAUUGAGCAAUUGGACUGCAAAGAUCCUCCUCCAGAGCAAUGCUAGCAUCUCCAAUAAUGAACAUGAGCUGAAAAAUGGAGAAACCAACAAGGACGAUGAAGAGGAAAGGCCAAAAGAGUUAAACACUAACACCAUCAACAACCAAAGGGAUGCCUCGGAAAUUGCUGGAAACCACAAGGAAUUAAAGGUUGGAGAGGCAAUCCAAGCACAACAUUAAAAUGGAUGAGGAAAUUUGAUGAAAAAGGCUCGUUUGAUGAAAAUCCAUGCAAGUAUAGUGAUGGCUUCAUUAGUAUAUGUUUCGAUAUUUUGACCAUAUCUUUCUAUACAGAACUUCAAAUGAGGUGAUUCUUAGACCACUAGAAUUCUAAGAUGAAGGGAUACAACUUUUAUGUUUAGCACUUUGCUCAGUUCUGAUUGGAUCAUGGUUAAAAUAUUUGUCUAAUUUGAAGCACUACAAUAGUAUGCAUGGACUAAACAUGAUGCGGUAUUUGGAGCA